GAGGAGGAAGAGGCGGAGGAGGAGGAGGAGGAGGAGGAGAGGAAGAAGAAGAAGAAGAAGAAGAAGAGAAACGCGAAGACGUUAGAAAGAAAGGAACGAGCGAGCGAGCGAGUUGUCGCGCGAGAAGGGAUGCCUGCGAAGGGGGAGAGGGGUAAGGCGACGGACUUUAGCAUCGCGGCCAUCAUGGCGCCCAGGGGUCCGUCCUUCGGGCAUUACCACCUGCAGGGCAUCGGCAACGCCGCCACCGGCCUCGAGUGUCCUACAGCUAAGGGAUUCGUCGCUGGAUCGACCCUCGAUCAUCGCGCGAGAACGUCGCCGGUCAACAUCGUGGCGACCGCCACCGUGGUGACGGACGACGAGGCCCUGCUGGUCGAGGAGGAGGUCGAGACGUGCGAGGCCGAGAGCGAGGGCACGGAAAAGUCGACCAACGAGGAGGACGAGGAGGUCGACGUGGACGUCGACGUCGAGGAGUGUAGCAGCGUCGAGGACGGACCCGUUCACGGGCUUCCGGACGAUCUCAGUACCGGCUCGUCCUCCUCCUCCUCGAGGAAAUACGACGGGGCUAAUGGCGUUCCCGGGUGCAACGAGCAUCACGAGAGAAAGCACAGACUCAGGACGAGCUGCAACUCUGACGAGCUCCGGGACGUCGAGUGCCAGCUCGAGACCAAGGAUUUGUGGGAUAAGUUCAACGAACUCGGCACGGAGAUGAUCAUCACCAAGACCGGACGCCGGAUGUUCCCCACCUGUCGCGUCUCCUUCCGAGGAUUGAAAACGGAAGGCCGUUACGCGGUACUGAUGGACAUCGCGCCGGUCGACAACAAGAGAUAUCGAUACGCCUAUCACAGAAGCUGUUGGCUCGUGGCCGGGAAGGCAGAUCCACCGGCGCCACCUCGUCUCUACGUCCAUCCGGAUUCACCGUUCACCGGGGAUCAACUCGCGAAGCAAGUGGUCUCCUUCGAGAAGGUCAAGCUCACCAACAACGACAUGGACAAGCACGGCCAGAUCGUUUUGAACUCGAUGCACAAGUAUCAACCCAGAAUACAUUUGGUGAGAUGCAAGCAAACGGACGACAACAAUCUCCAGAUCAGCGAUCUCCGAAAAGAGGAACACAAAACGUUCAUCUUCCCCGAGGCGAUCUUCACCGCGGUCACGGCCUACCAAAAUCAGCUGAUCACGAAGCUGAAGAUCGACAGUAAUCCGUUCGCGAAGGGUUUCAGAGACUCCUCGAGGUUGACGGAUUUCGAUCGAGAUCCUAUGGAGCUGAUGGAGCAACAGCUGGUGAGAUGCGGAGUACCACCGGUGAGAUUGUACGAGCACCUAGCGAUAUCCUCGCCGGCGGCGGCGGCGGCAGCGGCUGCCGCUGCAGCCGCCGCGGCCGCUGCUCUCGGUGCUCAACAGCAACAACAUCAGCAGCACCAGCAUCAGCAUCAGCACCAGCACCAACACCAGCAACAUCAGCAGCAGUCGCAGGAGAACGGAGGACACGCGACGGCCGCGGCUUUGGCACCGUGGCUCACGGCGGCGGCGGGUGCUUCUACGGCUCUCCUUUACGGCGCCGCCGUCGGACAGACUCACCCCGCGAACAGAGCCGCCACUGGCUCACCCUCUCCCUAUCAUCCCGCGGCGGCCUCGACUUUUCCCUACCCUACUGCCCUAGGCUGGUCGUGGCAACCGCCACCGGUCGCGAUCAUCUCCCGACGGACCUCGCCACCCUCCGCUACCCUCAGGUACGCGCCCUAUCCUCAUCCCAGCGGUACGCCACCGCCUACGACCCUGCGCGCACGCCCGUCCACCCCCAAUUAGCGAGCCAUACGCUACCGUCUCUCCGCUUCUUCUUCUUCUUCUCCUCCUUCGACCUUGCUCCUAGAAGAAUGACAUUUCCCCUCCUCCCCCCUCACCCUCUCUACUCCCUGCGUGUAUCUAUGUAACAUACGUGGCCAAGUUUUUGCGAUAGUGAAAACGGAGACGUUGUAAAUUCCUAAGUAGAUGUAAAACGCGUUCUUUUCUUUCCGUUAAUCGUAGUCUAGUCUCGCGCGAAGAAAAUUCGACGAUUCGUCGAUCGGAGGACAUUGAAAAACAAAAAAAGAAGAAAAAGAAAAGAAAAGGAAAAGAAAGAAAAGAGGAAAAAGUUCCGUUCGACGGAUACUCGCGUUGUGUUUCGCGCGCAGCCAAAGAGAAAGAGCGAUCUUUCUUUUUCUUUUUUUCUUUUCGCUCCUCGAGGAUCUCCCAACGUCUCCCUAUUUAUGUAGACGUAAUUCCACGUAGGUGUGUCUUGUAAUCUUAUCGAUACGGAAGGAAACGAGCGACGAGCGUUCUUAAAUUCUAAUGCAUGAGAGAGUUUUAUCCGCCGAAGCCGCUUCGAAGGACGAUAAUUGUAAAGUAGAAAGUGCGAAGAAGGAAGUCUCGUCGUUGUUUCGCUUGGAACGAUGCGAGCUUUCUUCCAUGUUAGAGUUUAACGCGUAAACUUUUGUAUAUACAAGAGUACCUCUAUACGGAUCUGUAUGAUAUAUUUCUCGUACGCUUCGAGCGAAGAGCGCGCGUCCGUUUUGCGUGUAUGUGCGUUUUGCUUGCGUGUUGCGUGAACGUCGAGUACGAAAGAGAGAAAGACUCAAUAAUAGUUGUACCAUAUACCGCGAUAGUAUUAAUGCGUCUUCCUCGAAGACGAUGUAAUUUGUACAUAAAGAAUUCCGAUGGUAGAGCAUAGUUUCAACGCCCGUAUUUCUCGAUGUAGCAGGACAAAAAAAAAUAAAAUAAAAUGAAUUUUCAUUAA